UGACAAUAAAUUAUUGUUUUAUUACGAAUGUAAAUUCUAAACGAAAAUAAAUUAAAAUGUCGACUAGCAAAGUAACGCAUUGCUGUAAAAUAUCUCAUCGAGUUCUGUUUAUAAAAUUUCAAACAUUUUAAAAGAUUUAGUGAAUACACGAGACAUCUGAUACCAGAGUUAUUGACCUAUUAAACUUUAAAUUCGACGUGAAGAAUUCAUUCUGGCAAUGCCGGCAUCUUAGAAAUAUUUCAGCAAAGAAAAUAUGCGAAUAUGUAUAAAUGGCAAAACAGGAAGAAGACUAUGAAAAUUCUGCACAUAUAUUUAUUUAUAUUUAAUAAAGUUAUCUUAGUGCAGUAGAACAGAUUUUUUCUCAACGAGGGUCUUAAACAGCACAUGGAUGGAUAUUCUGGAACUUAACAAGAUCACCGUUGCAGUUCAAAAAGUGAAAGCAAACCAGCAAAAGCAAGCUGCCAAAAUGAAGAUGAGCAAAGUAGGAAACCAAACAAAUUCGCAGGACCCUCAAGCAGUGAACUCGAGAGUUUUUGUUGGAAAUCUAAAUACAUUCCAGUGCUCCAAAACGGACGUUGAAAGGAUGUUCCAGCGAUAUGGGCGGCUUGCAGGUAUAUCAAUGCACAAAGGAUACGCAUUUGUGCAGUUCACAAAUCCAUUCGACGCAAGAAGUGCCUGUUUAGGAGAAGAUGGUAGGACAGUACUUAGCCAAAUAUUAGAUGUAAAUAUGGUGGCAGAACCAAAGCCACAUCAAACAGGACGAAAACGACAAAAUGUUGCCAAAACUGGGAAUGACUGGGAUUAUUACUAUGACAGUUAUUACGCUUCAACGGCAUUCCCAGUUGCCCCAACACGAUUGGUCCCUCCAAUCAAGAGGCAGAGGCUGAUGACAACUGCAAGAAAUGGCAAAAACAAUCAAUCGCAGAAAACAACAUCGAUUCCUCCACUCGAUCAACUAAAAGUAUAUAGUAAUCAGGACAUACUAAUAUGUGGAAACUGCAGGGAGAUGUUUUCCGACCUCCACGACCUUCUCGAUCACAAGAAAACCUACUGCAAAUUGCGAUUUACCUGUAAAUGCGACACGAAUAAAUCCAAAUCACCAACGGAUGACAACACAUCUGCAUCACUUCUGUGUGUUCAAUGCAAAGACUCUUUUCAAAAUGCCUGGGACUUAAUGGUGCACGCCCAAGCAGCACAUAUGUUAAACAUAUAUGAACUAGGAGUACCUGCAAUAGCAAACUGCUCGUCACCACCAUUAUCACCACGAGACAACACACCAGAUAAGGAUAUCCGCACGACGAGGCUUCUACAAAAUUCCGUACCCCCCGGAGCAAAUUGGCUUUAUUCUUACAUAUACAAUAUGUUGCAUAAUGAGGAGAACAAGAACGAAUCGACCCUGGACGGCGAGGAGGAGAACGGAGACGGCGAUCACGAACCGGACUUCAUGGAAAACGGCCGUGACGGGCUGACCGGCACGCCGGACUCGGCCAACUCUCGCAACGACAAAGAACUGGAAGACCUAAUGGACGUGGAGCCCACAGCCAAGACCUGCAUAAUGCAUGCCCUGAGCAUUGUCAGCGCACCGGCCUCGCAGCCAGGAUCUUCGCCGCCACCCCUGGCCGCCGUCGCGCCCCACACAGAUCACGGGGACGCCUGGAAACCUCAGGGGCAUACAAGGCUCUCCCCUAAAUUGCAACAUGAACCAUAUUAGUUACCUUUUCGGUUCACAAACUGCAUAGACUAAAUUCAUAAUUUAAAAGGUACGUUUUAGUUAAUUAGCAGCUAUUGUUUUUUGAUGCUACCUUGUUUAAUCCCGGAUUCGUGAAUUAUAAUUAUUUGUGUUCGUUUCAUGGAUUUUUUUAUUAAUUGCGUUCGUGUCAAAUAAUUUAAACCAUGGUAUUGAUUUUCUGUUGAAAACAAUCAAUCCACAACAUGAAAGAAAUUUGAAUUGGUAUUGUAAUUAUUACCCAUAAAAUGGAUUGUUUGUUUUAUGUCAAUUAAAAUUUACGUCAAACCUACUAGUUAAUCCAAUUUUCUCUUGCCACCACACAGAAUUAUUUAAUAUGAAUAUUUAAUGACAACUUAGUAAAUUAUUUAAAUUAUUUCAGUUUCAGAAUAUUAUCUUCUCAUUCUUAUCACAAAUGCAUGAUGGGUAUAUCUAUAUAAUUUAUGACUUAUUUAUCAUAAUAAUAACCUUUAUUAGCAAAAAUAAGCUAUAAAAAAAUAAUAGCAUGUAUGCGUUUAUUAAAAGGGAAUAUUGGAAAAUAGAAUACAUAUUUUUUGUGAACUGAUAUUGUCUAGUCAACAUUUUAUGUUCCUUCUAUGUUUUUUCUAUAGGAUUAUACAAAGUAGCUGGAUUCCAGUUAAUUUGGUAGGAGGUAUCUAUUUGUACAAUCAAGAAAAUAUCAAUUUAUACAUUUAAAAUUGUUAAAAUUAUUUUUUAAAACAGUUUGUUUGUUUAAUAAAUUAAAGGAGAAAUAUAGAGAAGUAAAAAUUUGCUAUUUAGAUUACCCCUGUACAUAUUUAUGUAAAAAACAAUUUGACAUAUCAUAAAAUUAUAAUUAAGGACUAUAUUUCUUAUACAAUUAAUGUUUUGGGAUUUAAUAGAGGCCUAAAGAUUACUUGUAUAUGUGAAAAACGAAACUAGAAACGUAGUAUUUAUAGUUAGUGAAAUGCUGUGUUGAAUAUAUUUAUAUAAUAUAGGUAUAUUGAGUGUUGGUAAAUUACUAAAUGACACUGACGUGGAUAUUUAUAAAGCUAAAAGAGCGAAAUAGUGUUUUCUUGUAGAUUUCACUUAUUCUCAGACAUCCUCUUUGGAAAUGUGUCAAGACCUAAAUCUGGGAAUCCGUGCAGAUUGUGGCGAUUUAAAACCGACAAAUUGGAAAAACUUUUCUAUUUGCCAUAAAAUUAGUAAAAUGCAAGGAAAUUAUUAACAAUUUAUACUAAGAUGGAUGAAGGAAAUCAUUUAUAAAGUGUCCCACCGAAAACUCUUUUAUUAAUUAUUAGAAUACAUACAUAAUGAACAUACUCGUGAAUUGUGUCUAAUUUUGAUAAUUUAUCUAGUUUUCUCGACAUAGUGACAUUUUCGAUAUUGUGAUAUAUUGAAUUGAAUUUUUGAUUUGGAUUUACUAACACUUUGCAUUUUGCAGUUAGCAAAUUUUUAAGACCAAAUUUACUUUUAAUAAAAAUAUAAAACUCUAAAAAUUUGUUGCCUAAAAUGUAAAAUUAUAUAAAAUGUGUGUACUGAAUAUAUACUCUAUUAAAAUGAUUUGUUAAAAUGAGUUUAAUUUAAAAAUUAAACUUAAACACGUUUUUGUUACAAAUUUUGUUUUGUUUUCAUUUUAAAAAUAUAUUAUAAGAGGGCAGUUACUAAUGAAGCAAUUAUUUUAGAACUGCCUAAUUUACGUGAAAAUGUUCGGUGACAAUGUUUUUUUAAGAGUUGACCUUAAAAUUUUUGAUUCAGUAGUAAUUGCCCUACGUAUAACUUAAGCUGUAUGAAUGACCAAUUGUUCUCAACCAUACACAAUCAUGUAUAAAAGUAUGAAAUUGCCUUGGGAUUUAUAUAAUAGGGCUUUUAUUUCAAGUACGCUGACGACCAUGUUAUCUCUAUGUAUGUAAAGUAUCUCUUAUCAUAUACUAGUUAUUAAUAAUAUAUGUCCUCCAUU